GCCUCACUCCAGCCCCGCCUUCCGGACUUGGUCUUAGUUCCCAGUCGCGGCCAAAUCACGCCUCAGCCGCGUCCCGCAAGCCUCUUACUGCCUCAGCCACGCUUUCCAGGCUGGUUUCUGGUCCCCAUCCGCGGCUGGUCCGGCCCUGGGACCGAAUCACUUCCCAGCGAGAGGAAAGUCAAAUUUCUCGACCGGCUACGGGAAGGUCGCGGCCGCCGCCCUGUCAGCCGCCUCGGCGCCCCCAGGAGGACCCCUCGGGUCUCUUUAACCGGAAGCGGAAGUGCGUGUCGGCGGGAUCAUGGCGACUUUGAUUGAACUGCCGGACUCGGUCCUGCUCGAGAUCUUCUCUUACCUCCCGGUACGGGACCGGAUCCGCAUCUCCAGGGUCUGUCACCGCUGGAAGAGGCUGGUGGACGACCGGUGGCUGUGGCGACAUGUCGACCUGACGCUCUACACGAUGCGACCUAAAGUCAUGUGGCACCUCCUUCGAAGGUACAUGGCAUCCCGGCUCCAUUCCCUGCGGAUGGGUGGCUACCUGUUCUCUGGCUCUCAGGCCCCCCAGUUGUCCCCUGCUUUGUUGAGAGCCCUGGGCCAGAAGUGCCCCAACCUGAAGCGCCUCUGCCUGCACGUGGCCGACCUGAGCAUGGUGCCCAUCACCAGCCUGCCCAGCACCUUGAGGACCCUGGAGCUGCACAGCUGCGAGAUCUCCAUGGCCUGGCUCCACAAGCAGCAGGACCCCACCGUGCUGCCCCUGCUCGAAUGCAUCGUGCUGGACCGCGUCCCUGCCUUCCGUGACGAGCACCUGCAGGGCCUGACGCGCUUCCGGGCCUUGCGCUCGCUGGUGCUGGGUGGUACCUACCGUGUGACCGAGACAGGGCUGGAUGCUGGCCUGCAGGAGCUCAGCUAUCUGCAGAGGCUCGAGGUGCUGGGCUGCACCCUGUCUGCCGACAGCACCCUGCUGGCCAUCAGCCGCCACCUCCGAGAUGUGCGCAAGAUCCGACUGACCGUGAGGGGCCUCUCUGCCCCUGGCCUGGCUGUCCUGGAGGGAAUGCCAGCCCUGGAGAGUCUGUGCCUGCAGGGUCCCCUCAUCACCCCAGAAAUGCCCUCCCCCACUGAAAUCCUCUCCUCCUGCCUCACUAUGCCCAAGCUCAGAGUCCUUGAGCUGCAGGGGCUGGGGUGGGAGGGUCAGGAGGCGGAGAAGAUCCUGUGUAAGGGGCUGCCCCACUGUAUGGUCAUCGUCAGGGCUUGCCCCAAAGAGUCUAUGGACUGGUGGAUGUAACUACUCCACCUGCCCUUGGGACCCAUCCCAGUUUUCAUCGUUGAACCCCAGACCCUUUGAGCAGCACCUUGAAGAGGGCAGAUAAUCAGACUUGAGGAAACUGAAAGCCCCAGGUUGAGAGAACAGAGGCCUAGGGACCUCCAGACCAUUGGAAUCACUGUUUGCCAGCUGUGUGGCCUUGGUCAUAUCAUCAGCCUCUGGGAAGCCUAGUUCCCACAUCUGGAAAUAAGGAUGAUCAUAGCUACCUCAUGGUUACAUUGCAAAGCCUUACUCUAAAAGCUCCCAGCCUCCAGAGGCUGUCAAUGAAGAGUCACCUUCAUGGUCGUCCUCAGGAACAGGACGGAUAAAGAAGGGGUGGGGUUAAGACUCAGGGGCACCCGAGGGUCUGAGCCCCCUUAUGAGUACCCAAGAAGGACUGUCUAUGCAUGCACACCCACAAGCCUAUACACCAUUUAUAUACCUACAUGCACGCAAGAGACGCGGAGAGAUAGGCAAUGCAGACUCGUGAUUCAGUGAUCGAUAUGCUCAUAAAAGUGCUCAAUUAUAUUUUCUGUAUUUUGUAUGCUGUAUUUUCCAAGACGUAUAUUAUUUUGCUAUUAAAGAAAAAAAUCAUUUUUUUUUUCCCGAGAA